GGACACGCUUAUUGAAGACUUAACCCGUAUUAACACCUCCUUGGAUGUCAUAUCCCAGCUAUUCUCCCGCUUAACAUGUCCCUUGUGGUGGAAAAUCCCGACAUCAUGGGAAAAAUCCCGGUCCCAAGUGGUGCCAAUGAAAUUGACAUCCUUUCGUUCUUCAACCCCGACGCCGCGAAGAUGUGUCUUAUCAUCCUCAACCAGGCCAUCAAUGUAGACCUCACGAUGCUCUGGGACCAUAGUCUGCUCCGAGUCUGUGCCGAUGGAGGGGCUAAUCGAUUGUAUGAGUUCUUUGGUGAGGAAAAAGAGCGCUACAUCCCAGACUUUAUCGUUGGUGAUUUCGAUUCGCUAACUGACGAAGUCAAGACGUAUUACCAGGGCAAAGGAGCGGUUUUGGUCCACCAGGCCUCCCAGUAUGCUACAGACUUCCAAAAGGCCAUUUCCGUUGUAUCGUUGUACUUUCAAGCUGGGAGUUCGGUGGACUUUGAGGCUAUCGACACUGAAGACGGACUCCUCAGGUUGGCGGAGGAGCACUCUACGGCGCCUUGUCCGCCAGUUACACUUCUAGUGGUGAAUGCGUUGGGUGGCCGGUUUGACCAAACAGUCCAUUCAAUCAACCAGCUCUACAAGAUUACAGCAGAAUGUCCCUCCUUCGGUGUUUUCCUCGUGUCCUUAGACGAUAUCGUCUUUUUGGUUCCCGGUGGUGUGAACUACAUCCACUAUGACAAGCAGGUGAUCGGGCCCAUCUGUGGUUUGUUGCCUAUGGGCCGCAAGUGCACCUUAUCUACCCAGGGGUUGAAGUGGGACUUGACUAAUUGGGAGUCAGAUAUCUGCGGUGGCAACGUCAGCAGCAGCAACGCUGUGGUGGCUGAGGAUGGGGUUGUGGUGGAGUGUACCGAAGGUGGUGUAGUGGUGAACCUAGAAUGGGCAAAGAACUUCAUGGCCAAAAGGUGACCGAAGAGUAAAUUAUGGUCAUUAGGAGAUUGUACGGGAAAUUUCCACCUGAUCCGAGUUUCAUAUCUGUUUAAACUAUAGCUGUGGAUACCAAUAUAAUAUUUACAAUUACGCUCUCGGCAAAGAACUUGGCGUAUCGCUCUGCAGGUUUGGUAUUUUAUACCCAAAGUUGUAUAAAACUGGUUAUUGAUGGUUCUAUCGAUAUAUGGGUGAAUUAAUUUUAUAUCAAUCGAAUAGCUAGCAAAUUCAAGCGGAG